AGCGGUGCUGCCCAUGUGCCACUUCUUGACCACCCUUGAGUCCUUUAACUGUAGCAGUACCUUGCUCAUUCACUCACCACCAGCUAUUAGCUCUAGCUAACCCCCCAAAUUUGUUAAACCCGAAAGCAAUUCUUCAAUCAGUGCCUGCUCCCACCCAAUCCAGCUCGUACUGAACUGAGCAGAGGCAGCUCAUUCAGUUUAAUGCCAAUCCGAGCAAAAGAUUCUGGGUUCGGCCCUUCACGUGCUGCCUCCUCCGAUCCGGCGCCGACCGCGCCCACCUCCUCCUCCCUCGAUCCGCAUUAACUACUCCCUCUUCCGGUGCCGCCGCCUCCCCCUUGUCAAUGCGGUGGAGGCGUCGGAGCUAGCUGCACAUCGCGGCAGGCGAGCACAAGGAAGAGUGGUGGAGGCUGAUGGCGGAGGAGGGGAGGUCUCUGGCGGAGACGCCGACGUGGUCGGUUGCCACGGUCACCACGCUCAUGGUCGCCGCAUGCUUCCUCAUCGAGCGCUCGCUCUCACGCCUCGCCAAGUGGCUGCGGAAGACGAAGCGGAAGGCCAUGCUCGCCGCACUCGAGAAGAUCCGCGAAGAACUGAUGCUGCUUGGCGUGAUAUCACUGCUGCUGAGCCAGACGGCCAGGUGGAUAUCAGAGAUCUGCGUGCCAUCGACACUCUUCACCAGCAAAUUCUAUAUGUGCACAGAGAAAGAUUUCGCCGAUCUGGACCAUCAUGGGGAUGGCACUGCUAACGACACCCACAUUGCUAGAAUCCUAGUUGGCGGUCAGUCGAUGCAUGUUUGCGAUGAGGGUCAUGAACCUUUUGUUUCAUAUGAGGGUCUUGAGCAGCUGCAUCGUUUUCUGUUUAUUCUUGGUUUUACUCAUGUGCUUUACAGUUUCGUGACAGUGGUUCUGUCGAUGAUUAAGAUAUAUAGCUGGAGGAAGUGGGAAACUCAAGCAUGUACACUCUCAAGGGAGCAGUUGCAACGUAAGCUAGGAGAAAGGUUAUGCGAAGGCAAUCUACCUUUGUUUUCCAUCAUGCAUCUCACCCAUGGAGCAAAAGUAAAAUACUUCUUUGGAUGUAACCAAAUGUUGCAGUUGUGCUUUCUGCGCCAAUUUAAGGGUUCUAUUAAAAAAUCAGAUUACAUGGCAUUAAGGUUGGGCUUUAUCACAUAUCAUAAGUUGCCGCAUUCGUAUGACUUCCACAAAUACAUGGUACGGAGCAUGGAAGAUGAUUACAAUGGAAGUGUUGGUAUCAGUUGGCCACUUUGGGCUUAUGCAAUAAUAUGCAUCUUUGUCAAUGUUCAUGGUCUUAAUAUAUAUUUCUGGCUAUCAUUUGCCCCUGUCAUUAUCGUCCUGCUUGUGGGCACUGAGCUGCAGCAUGUUGUGGCUCAGUUGGCACUGGAGGUUGUUGAGGCAACAGCCACAAAUGUUGGAACACAACUGAAACUGCGGGAUGAUCUCUUCUGGUUUGGAAAACCUCGGGUUCUGUGGUGGCUUAUACAGUUCAUCUCGUUCCAGAAUGCCUUUGAGAUGGCGACAUUCUUAUGGUCUCUGUGGGAACUGAGUGCAAAUUCUUGCUUCAUGAAGAACCAGUACAUGGUUGUUAUUCGCUUGGCUUCUGGGCUGCUUGUUCAAAUUUGGUGCAGCUACAGUACACUGCCUCUUAACGUGAUUAUCUCCCAGAUGGGUUCCAAGUUCAAGAAGUCACUGGUCUCCGAGAGCGUGAGGGACUCCCUCCACAGCUGGUGCAAGAGGAUCAAAGACAGGAGGCACAACCCGCUCUUCAUGCGGAACGGGACACUCACGUCGAGGUCGGUCUGCUCCCUCGACACGACCAUCUACGAGACUGAUCAUGAGACUAACACGGUGGGCACGCUGUCGAGGACUGUGUCGGCGUCGUCCCUGGAUGAGGCGCUGACUGUGGUCACUGUCGACGACGAGGAGGAGAUCUCUCACAUCGAGCAAGAUAUUCGACACCCUUAGUUACUGAGGUUAGCCCUGUUCUUCGCCGGGCUAAAUAUGUGCAGCUAAAACUCUGCUGAACUUGAAAAACAAUGCUCAUUCCUGCCUAAGCUUUGUAGUACCUGCAGAAAAGGACCUGCGGAUUACACAGUAUAUAAGUGUGUGACUGUCUAGUGAUUGCUCCUCAUGGCUCAUGGCCACUCUGUGCAAAGUAAUCUUGUGUCAAUAGGACGCCUGCGCUUCAAGGUGAUAUUAUCAUCUUUGUAUUGACUUAUAACAUUGCACUAAAUCAUCAGAAUUCACAACUACGCUUAAAGGAGCGUUUUGGGCUA